AUGUCUUGGGGCAAAGACACCACCAAGGCGCCGCCGUCCACUAUCCGCCAACUCCUCCCCCUCCUAGUGACCCUCCUGGUCCUCGCAGCACUCGCGUGGAUCGGCUACCAAAUCUACCUCUCGCUCGGCAAGAUCCAAAUGCAAGCGCGCAAGCAAAUGGGCGACAACGUGACGUUCACCAAGGACGGCGUGCGCCUCAAGGUGCAGGGCAUGGAGGACGAGUCGUAUGUGGAUCGGACCCAGAGCUGGGUCGUUAAGGCGUGGGAGCUUGGGACGGGGACUGGGUCGGGGGCUGGGUCCGCGGGGAAGGAAGGUGAUGCGAAGAGGAAGAGGUUUAUAACCCCCCCUUUUCUUUUUCCCUUUAGGCGGGAGAUUGGGUGA